GAUCCGGAGUCUCUCUUGCAAACGGCCUACAUCUGGGUCGAAAACAACGGUAAAAGAAUAAUCUGUCGGGCGAUCUUAGACCCGGGCUCUCAACGAUCUUUCUUGUCCAAUCAAGUAGUCAAGCGACUCGGCGCGAAACCGGGCGGUAACGUCUCGUUGCGGGUACAUGGAGUCGCAGGCGGGGUCUCUCAAGAGUUAGACCUGAACACCGUGCGGCUCACGGUCAGGAGUCGCUUCUCAGGUCGUAGCACGACUAUCGGCUGCCUGGCUGUACCUGCAGUAAUUAAGGGCAUCCUUCCCAGAGCUGAGUUCCCACAGUUGGAUCUUCAAUGGGCGGAUGUUAAGCAACCGGGGUUUCCCGAGGUCAUCGAGGUCCUAAUUGGAGCUGACGCUCUCCCCUCGAUUUAUGAUGGAAUGUAUCGGAGGGUAGGGCAUCUUACCGCAUCGCCUACCAUUUUCGGUUGGGUGUUGUGGGGGAGCGAUCGAGCAAACGCAGUUGGCAGCUCGGUUACCACGUCGCUAGCCUGCGUUCUUCCCAGCGACGGCCACGUCGAUCCCGCGGCAUCGCCGCUUUCGUCCAAGACCAAACGAGACAACUUCGAUUUUCUUUGGGAUACAGAGUUCCUCGGCGUGGAGCACUCAACUCCCGACGAGGACAAAAAUUCUUUGGAGCCCAUGGAAACCUUUUUCAAGGAGUCGAUAAAAACCACCCCCGAAGGCAGAUUCAUAGUUUCCCUCCCUUUUAGAGAAAACAUUCACACCCUGGGGGAUAAUCAGAAACUAGCGUAUUCCCGUCUCAUGGGUCUCCUCAAGUCUCUAAAAAAGAAUCCGAAAGUUCUCAAAGCAGUAGAUGACGAGAUAUCUAAACUGGUCAAGUCAGGCUACGUCGAACCCGCAGCUCCGAGAAAACCCGGAGAAAUGGCUUACUACCUACCGAUUCUUGCGGUAGCAAAAAAACCCUCGCUCGCAGGAACAAAGAUUCGUUUGGUUAAGGACGGAGGCGCGCGGUCUGCGGACGCGGCGUCUCUCAAUGACGUGUUGGAGAAAGGCCCGAAUUAUUUACCUGAUUUGUUAGCCGUAUUCCUCCAAUUCCGACGAAAGCCUAUAGCGAUCGUCGCGGAUAUAAAAGCUGCAUUUAACCAAUUUCUGAUCAAUGAGAAACACUGUACCUUCCUAAGGUUCUAUUGGCCGCUCGGCGUGUCUCAAAACGACGGCACCCCGGUUCAGGAAUUCUGGGCAACAGUCCUGGAUUUCGGUUUGGUGUGCAGUCCUUGGCUGCACUGCGCCGGCGUAAGGCAUCACCUCGAUCUCCAGCGAGCCAAGCGCCCAGAUCUGGCGGAGCUCCUAGACGAACUUAAAUCGACUUUCUACGUCAAUGAUUUCGCCUGCGGUAGCUACUCGAUUGACGAGGCCAAGCAGACGGUGGAGACUCUCAUACAGGUCUUUAAAGAAGGUGGGUUUCCCCUCGGAAAGUGGAAAACUAACAUUCCGGAGUUAGCGGAGUUCAUAGGACGGGCGACCAAAGACGAUAACCCGGAAAUUCUGUGUCAGGAGACCAAUUCCAAAUUUCUGGGGGUCUCCUGGAAUCAGGUCUCAGACACCCUGUUCAUCGACACUUCCGAGGUCGAGGGGUUUCUGAGCAAGGGCCCACAUACGAAGAGAAAUCUUCUCAGGGGUUUGAGUCAGAUUUACGAUCCCCCAGGCCUUCUGGCUUGCGUGUCCAUAAAUUUCAAAACGCUCACGCAGGUUUUGUGGUCCAAGAAAUUCGACUGGGAUACGAAACUGGAAGGAGAAGUCCUGACGGACUAUCUCUCUGCUGUGGAGAAACUCAGCGUGGCGCCGCUAAUUCAGAUCUCCCGCCCCAUGUUCGGCUACGAGCCGUCGCGAGAGCGUCAAGGGAACUGUGUCUCUAAAGUGUAUCUUUAUUCCGACAAUUCCUCGGUGUUGGGUUGGUUGAGAGAUUCGCCGGAACGCUGGAAACCGUUCGUAGCCAACCGAAUUCGUGAAAUUCGAUCUAUCACCCACCCGAGCUCGUUCAGCUAUGUGCGGUCGGAAGACAAUCCGGCAGAUUUAUUGAGCAGGGGAUCUCCACUGGACACCCCGGAGCUGCGCCGUUUCUGGCUCUCCGGGCCGUCAUGGCUUUCCAUUCAGUCGAGUCCGCCGACACAUUCGCUCAAUGCGAGUAUCGACCGCGAGACCCCGGACAUGCUCAGAGAGAAGAGAGCGGAGAUCUGUGCUGCGGCGGCUGUUACAGUGGAUCCGGUCUCGGAUCUGUUUCGUAAACAACUCUCUUCGUGGGGAAAGACGGUUCGGGUGACGGCGUACAUCAAAAGAUGGCUGUCGCGCGUGCGGGACAAACGGAAACAAGAAGAUCUCACGAUCUCCUCACAGGAAUUCGCGGAAGCGGAGUCGUCUCUUCUGAGACACAUCCAAUUAAGUCAUUUCCGGGCAGAAUUGGAAUCGGGUGGAAGGUUAGCAGCGAAAUCGAACGCGCUCUCGAAUCUCGCACCGUUUGUCGACGAAGACGGCUUCUUGAAAUGUCGCACUCGUUUGGAGAAAGCGACGCACAUUGACUAUCAAGUCAAGUUCCCGAUUCUCUUGCCAGGAAAUGACUUCCUAGUACAAUUACUGGUCAGGCACAUUCACGAAGGUCCCUGCCUACAUUCGGGCGGCGUCGCUGCUGUAUUACACCACCUUCAAUCUAGAUUCUUCGUAACCGGGGCUAGGCGGAUUGCUAAUAAGGCCACUCAUGGCUGUAAAGUCUGCGUCCGGUUCAAAGCGAAGGCGGCACAGGAACCGAUGCCCCCCCUCCCGCAUUUUCGCGUGGAUCAAUGUCCUCCCUUUUUCGUAACAGGGGUGGACCAUGCGGGUCCUCUCUACAUAAAGACUAUAGAUGGCUCGAAGGUAAAGGCGUAUAUCCUCCUGUUCACCUGCGCGGUGACUCGGGCUCUAAGAUCGGAACUGGUGGCGGACCUCAGCUCGUACGAAUUUCUCUUGGCGCUACGUCGCUUCAUAAGCCGCAACCCAUCGGUAUCCCGGCUCGUGUCGGAUAACGCGCGCACCUUCCUCCGGGCCGAAAAGGAGCUUGAUGCAGUUUUCGAGCAUCGUAAGCACCCGGCCACCCAGGAUCUCUUGUCCAGGAAAAAGUUGGUGUGGACUCACUCCACGGAAAAGGCCCCCUGGACCGGAGCCUUUUGGGAACGACUCGUUCAGGUGGUCAAAAGACCCCUGCGCAAAAUUCUGGGAUCGCGCUGCUUACCAUUCAGAGAACUGGAAACCGUACUGAUGGAAAUUGAAAAAAUGGUCAAUGAUCGACCGAUUUCGGCGGUCGUAGUCGACCCUAGCGAGCCGCGAGCGCUGUCGCCGUCGGACCUGUUGUACGGGUAUGCCUCUCAGCCGGCUCUACCGGACAUGAAACGGGUAGCAGACACAGUGCGGUCGGCGAACGCGAUAGUGUUUUCAGAGCGCUGGAAAAAUCAGCAGGCAGCUCUGCGCGGCUUCUGGAAACAAUUCCACAAUGACUACCUCCAGUAUCUCAGGUCCGCGCACUACCGGAAAAAUGAGGACAGCCGGCCUAUUCAGCCGGGCGACGUAUGUCUGCUGCACUCAGCCGACGCCUCCCGUGCUUUCUUGGCCGCUCUGCGUAGUCCUAGGAGGUUUUUCGGCGGGCAGGGUACCGACGGUCGUCGGAGGUCUUGUUUAGUCAAAACAGCAUCAGGCCAAGUCUUCAGACGUCCCAUACAAUCAUUGUACCCUCUCGAGGUUCGACAGUUCUAG